AAGACAGUGUUGCAAAGGGCUCGCCUUAUAUGAGUGCGUGUCAUUUUCCCCCAAGCAAUUUGUUUGGUGUUUUUGCUAGCCGAAAAUGGACAAACUAAAUAAAAAUGCAAGGGAGCGGAAACAAAUCAAGCUGGGCGAGAUCGACACUGGUCCCAUUUUAGUGGCCCUUUUACUGGGUUUCAUUGCAGUGGCCAUCUUUGUGAUCCUGCGAAGACGCUCUGCUGGUCGCAAAGACAUCCUGCUCGCCGGCCUCAGUGAAUCUGGCAAAAGUGCCAUCUUCAUGCAGCUGCUCCAUGGCAAAUUCCCAACUACUUUUACUUCGAUCAAGGAGAACGUGGAGGUUUACCAGGCAGGCAGCUCAUCUGCCAGAUUAGUGGAUAUACCCGGACACUACAGGGUGCGCGACAAGUGCUUAGAGCUGUAUAAACACCGGGCUAAGGGCAUUGUCUUUGUAGUGGACUCUGUUACGGCCCAGAAGGACAUCCGCGAUGUUGCUGAUUUCCUGUACACCAUCUUGUCAGACAGUGCCACCCAGCCCUGCUCUGUUUUGGUCCUUUGCAACAAACAGGAUCAAACCACCGCCAAGAGCGCUCAGGUGAUCAAAAAUCUUCUAGAGAAGGAGCUCCAUAUAGUGCGCGAUACCAGGAGCCGCAAACUGCAAUCCGUGGGCGACGACGAUGCCAGCAAGUCCAUCACAUUGGGCAAACAUGGACGCGAUUUCGAGUUCUCACACAUCGCACAGAACAUUCAGUUUGUGGAGGCCUCCGCCAAGGAUCAGGAACUAAAGCCCCUAACUGACUGGCUGGCUCGCCUCCUGUGAAGUGGCGGCACAAAGCUCUCAGACUGAGAAUAGCCUGGAAUCCUAAACGAAUGAAUGCAGAACACAAAACAACAGAUUGAUAUUUAUUUUACUGAUUAGCGCCCUCAAUAUCGUAUAUAUGCUAUGCCUAUAUCGCUGAUAGAGUAUAAAUUCGUUUAUUGUUAAAUACCCGUUUUUCCAGACCUCUGCCUCCCUUAUAUUUUCCCUAUAAUUUUAGGUCACUAUGGAAGUUUUUGUACUUUUAGCAUUAAUUUGUCGGUCGCUUUAUGAAUAAGAAUUAUGUAUCGAACGAUUCAUAAAAAACAUGCGCGUAACAAGGUGCAUUUAUAAACGCA